AAGCAUCGACAAGAGUCCCAGCACCAGUGAUGGGAUGCCACUGCUUAUCUGCUCUAUUUACAUCACACAGUAAGGCUGAUCACGGACAAAUGAAUUCGUAUUAAGAUGAUUGCCGACUGGUCCCAAAUGUCCUGGGCGACAUUUCAUGACUUGUUCUAUUGCUCCCUGAUUGGUCGUGACAUGUUGUUCAGUGUUAUCAGAAAAGGGGGAAGUUAAAGCAUCCAUUUGUCAAGGAAGUCUGAAAUAAGGAAGCUUCAGACUGCCUGUGGUCAUGUUUCAACUGCAAAGAUCUUGGUUGUUACUAGCUGAAUUGGACCAUGUUGCUUACAGUGUUGGUGUUGAAUUGUCUGAAAACAUGAAAAGGAUCAAUUCUUAUUGAAAUUCCUCACAACUGGACAUAGAGUGAAUUAUUUUGGGAGUGGACCUUUUAAAGGCACCCACCAUCAUUGAGCCAAGAUGGCAGACCGAGUGACUAGUCUGCCAUUCUUCUAUGGCAACAUUACCAGAGAAGAGGCAGAGGAGAUUCUUCAGCAGCCGGGUACAGCUAGUGGCUUGUAUUUGCUACGGCAAAGUCGAAACCAUUUUGGAGGUUUUGCCCUGUCUGUAUUACAUUCUGGCCGCUGCUACCACUACACAAUUGAAAGAGAAUCCAAUCAAACGUACGCUAUUGCCGGUGGUAAAAGCCACAGCAGCCCUAUAGAUGUGAUUGACUACCACUCCCAGGAGAUGGACGGCCUUGUGUGUCGGCUGAAGAAGCCUUGCAACAGGCCCAUGAACAUGCAGCCUAAGGUGGGGCCAUUUGAGGAUUUAAAGGAAAAACUGAUCCAGGACUAUGUAAAGCAGACCUGGAACUUACAGGGGACAGCUCUGGAACAAGCCAUUAUCAGCCAAAGACCGCAUUUGGAGAAGUUGAUUGCGACCACUGCUCAUGAACGAAUGCCCUGGUUCCAUGGGAAAAUAACUCGAGAGGAGUCAGAGCCAAGGCUUCAAAAUGGCUCCCGUACAAAUGGAAAAUUUCUCAUACGGCAGAGGGAUGUCAAUGGAUCCUAUGCGCUUUGUUUAUUACAUGAAGGAGAAGUGAUGCAUUACCGCAUUGACCAGGACAAAGCUGGCAAGCUCUCCAUUCCAGACGGCAAGACGUUUGACACCCUUUGGCAGCUGGUGGAACACUAUUCAUAUAAGCCAGAUGGCCUUCUGCAAGUUCUCACGGAACCCAGUCCACGACCUGAUAGAGAUACAGUACCCCUGUUCCUAGAUCUUUUAGGACAGCCGCUGCUACCACAGGAUACAUCUGGAUUUGCUUCUAUAUUUCAAAAUGCAGCAGGGGGGUUUCUUGCCAAAAUCAAAACUGUUUCCAUCCCUGGCCGACAAAAGAGCCGCGGAUCUCGACAUGAAAACAAGGAAUCGAAUAAUUCCAAUCCCUAUGAAGCACAAGUGCCAAUCAACAAUCGGGUAGUCACCAAAGAGUCCUUGCCGAUGGACACACCGGUAUAUGACAGAACGUAUGCAGACCCAGAUGAGCUGAGGAGUUCCACCGUGAAUAAAGAACAGCUCAUCUUGGAAAAUGAAGAAUUGGGUUCAGGGAACUUUGGUACAGUCAGGAAGGGCAUCUACCAGACAAAAAUGACACAGCAGCCAGUGGCGAUCAAAAUCCUGAAGAACGAUGACAACAGCACAUCACUGCGGGAAGAAAUGCUGCGAGAAGCAAAUGUCAUGCAGCAGCUGGACAAUCCUUAUAUCGUGAGGAUGAUCGGUAUCUGUGAUGCAGAGAGCCUCAUGCUAGUAAUGGAGCUAGCUGACCUGGGGCCACUUCACAAGUUUCUACAGAAAAACAAGCAAACAACCAUUGCCAACAUCACUGAGCUCGUGCACCAGGUGUCCAUGGGGAUGAAAUACCUUGAGGAGCAUAACUUUGUCCAUAGGGACCUUGCUGCCAGGAACGUGCUGCUUGUAACACAGCACUAUGCCAAAAUCAGUGACUUUGGUCUCUCCAAAGUGGUUGCAGAGGACCAGAACUACUACAAGGCAAAGGGACAUGGGAAGUGGCCGGUGAAAUGGUACGCUCCCGAAUGUAUAAAUUACUUCAAAUUCUCAACCAAAAGUGACGUGUGGAGCUUCGGGGUGCUCAUGUGGGAAGCGUACUCAUAUGGCGAGAAGCCAUACAGGGGAAUGAGAGGAAAUUGCGUUUUGCAAUUGAUUGAGAGUGGAAUGCGGAUGGAUCCCCCAUCAAACUGUCCAGAAGAAAUGUAUAGCCUCAUGAUGACUUGCUGGACAUACGAGGUGGAGAAAAGACCUGCAUUUGCUGUCAUUGAGCAAAGACUGCGGCAGUAUUAUUAUGACAUUGCAGAAUGAAUAGAAACACAAUUGUGCUAAUAUAGAAAUUUCAUCAACUUGAUUUCAGGAUCUGUUGAUUUCUUACUGAACUAUUGUAUAGUAAAAUGAGUAAAAAAUACAUUUUCUGCUUCUGCAAUAAAACUGAAUAAAAUCACAGCACACCCCAAA